UUGAGUUUUUAUUUUACUUGCGCGGACCACAACUCUCUCUCUCACACACACACACACCACUUUCCUCGCUCAUCACUCAUUGCUCAUCUCGCAGAUUCAAAUUCACGCACACACUCACUCACACUCGUCGCAAAACCUAUUUCUCUGUUUGGCUCUGAUAUAAAAAGCAAAACAACAAAACUCGUUUUCAGAUCUCAAACGGUAGUUAGACGAGGCGAGAGGUUCACUUUCCUUUGGUUUUCAUCUAAAGUUUUGGAAAUGGAAGAUGCGAUAGAUGCUACUGCAUCUUUGGAUUAUGCUUCAAUUCAGGUUUUUCCUAACCAAAACAGGUAUGAGGCAUUUGUCUGUAAAGGGAAACAAUUCGAUAAAGUGGCAGCUGGAGAUUUGGAACAUUUGUUGCCUCAUUUACCUGCAAUAAAUGAUUUGUAUGCUGAAGGGUUUGAUGCAAACUUUGAUCUUAAGUUACCAGAAAAUCUGCAUGGUGCUGAAUGGUUUUCAAAAGCAACCGUUAAGAGGUUCCUUCAUGUUGUUAGUUCACCGGAUUUGAUAAAUGCCAUCAGUGGUAUCCUGGAUGAGAUGUCUCAGUUGGAGGAUUCAAAGAAAUUUCAUGUUUCUUUAUAUGGGAAGGGCCCUCAGGAUCAUCUUGAAAGUGGGGAAAGAGAUGGUAACUAUAGCUCUCAUGUUGAAGCACCAACCUCCAAACCUGAAGUUAACAUCUUGUCAUCCGAUGCUUCAAAGAAUGAAUUGUUACGAGCAAUGGAUCUAAGACUAACAGCUUUGGGCGACAAGUUAGCUGAAACUUUUAACAAGGCCACUGGUGUUACAUGCUCCCAUGAAGAUCUGGCUUAUUUGGCCAAAUUUUCUCGACAUUUUGGUGCCACUAAUAUAGAGCAUUCUUUAUGCAAGUUUAUAGAACUAAACCAAAAGAGCCCGGAUGUUGGUCCCCUGAGCAAUGAAACAACUUUGCACUCAUGUGAUGUGGCAAAAGAUGAUACAAUCAAGGCUGUCAAAAGCCUUCAGAUUUCCAAACCAUUACAUUCAGAUGCACCGGUUAAGUAUGGUGUUUCACCAGCUAAAGUUGCCCAAAUUGAGAGACGCAGUUCCACAGAAAGCGAGGAAUCUUCCAACUCUAGUGAUGAGGAUCAAACAUCUGCUGAGAGAAGCCGUUCUCUGGUAAGAUCUGCAACACCCAGAAGGUCAGCAUCCCCAAUGCGGAGAGUUCAAAUAGGAAGAGCUGGACCCCGCAGAGCUGCUGCAUUAACUAUCAAGAGCCUCAACUAUUUUCCUGGCAGAGAGAGGCCAAUAUCAUUUAGAGAUGCUGCUGAAAAUGACUUUGAAGGGGAAUUAUCUGAACAACCCAAUAAGAAGUCAGAAAUUGAUGUAAGGAGGAUAACUGUACAAGAUGCCAUCAGUCUUUUUGAAAGCAAGCAGCGGGAUCAAACUGCAGAUAUUCAAAAGAGGAAGUCAUUAGCAGAUGUUUCUGUUGGUACAAAUAAAUCUGUCUUGAGAAGAUGGAGUGCUGGUAUGGGGGAAACCUCUGUUCAAGACCAGCCAGAACUCAUUCCUGAAGUUUCUGUUCCAGUUACUUCUAAUGAUUUUUUACAUCCUGAGAUUCCUAAAAAUUCAGAAUUAGAUGUGGUGUCUGAUUUUAUUACCGAAAGUCACAACAAUAACGAGACCACUGAUCAUGAUGUAAAACCAGAAAGACAGGAAAAUGUAGGUUCAUACACUGUAGAUAAUCCAGAUGAAACCAACCAAACAGUAAAAGAGGAAAGUAUCAAAAAGUUAGCAGCAUCAGCAGAGUGGAAUCAACGAAAGCAAGAAGAGUUCAACCAAAUUCUUAAAAAAAUGGUUGAAAGCAAGCCUGUUUUAUUUGGGAAGGCCCAGCCAAGCAAAAACCAGAAUAUUUCAUUUGAGCAGAGAGGAGGUUCUUAUGAUAAUUAUAAGGAAAAACGGGAUGCAAAACUUCGAGGAGCAAAGGCCGGAAAACAAAUAGAAAAAGAAGCACAAUUUCGACAAAUGCAGCAACUACUCGAUAAGAGGAAGGUUGAAAUGUCCAAAAGUGUGAGUGCAAGUAAGAAGAGUUCUACAAGGUUGCCCCAAAAUUCUCUUAGAAAUUCAACUCAGCCUGCAAAUUCCCCAAAGGAAACCACCAAACCUUCAGCUACAAAAAGGAUAUCAUCUAGAACGUCACCCAUGCCUGCUACACGUAAGUCUUGGUCAGCAACACCUUCGCCAAGGGCUGCUGGGACAUCCCCUGCCAAAGCUCGUGCUGGAGUUUCAUCAGCUAACAGCACCCCAACACGACGGAAGCCAGUGUCAACAACAUCUGUUCCGCAACCAAGCACCCAAAGGGAAAAAUCUCAGCCCCGAAACAGAAAUGAGAAAGAAACUCAGACCAAUAAUGCCAGGAGCCUCAAAAGCAUGAAUGAGAAGCGGCAGCCAGCUGUCCCAAAUAAGAGCAAGGCAAUCAAAGCCAAAGUGAUGACAGCCUCUGAAGAAGCCUCUGUUCCUAAAAAGACUAGCUUAGGUAACAAGGGAACCAAGAAAAGCAGUGUGGUCCCAUUGGAAUCAAAACCAUUUCUACGUAAGGGUUCUCGGACAGGGCAUGGAACUGCUGAUCUUAACAAGAAAAAAGGUCCUCCUAAGAUGGACAAAUCUCAAAGAGACAGUGAAGAUCUUAUUGUAGAUCCAGAAAGUGAGUUGGUUGUCAAUAAUGCUUCAGACUUGGUCAGUCAGCAUUCAGAUGGGGACGCAAUGACCCCUAAUCAUCAGAAUGCUGCCACAGUACCAGACCCUCAGAUAAAUAACCAAUUGCAAUGUGAUGAGACAGAAAACUUGGACCAAAAUCCUACUGAUGGUAAUGUCUUUACAUACACAGAAGAGUCUUCCUUAAAUAUAACGAAUGAAGAAGAAUCAACCAUAUCACCUUCUGCCUGGGUGGAGACAGAAGAGGAUCUGGAAUUGCCCAAGCCAUGUGAGGAUGACACAUUUCAAUCUGCAUCUCUGGCCAAUGCUGCCCCAGUGGGAUCAACUAGUCCUCGGGUUCGUCAUUCUCUGUCACAGAUGCUUCAAGAAGAAAGUAGUGAACCUGACACUGGCGAGUGGGGAAAUGCCGAGAAUCCUCCUGCCAUGAUAUACCAAAAGGAUGCACCCAAAGGCUUCAAAAGACUCUUGAAAUUUGCUCGAAAGAGCAAGGGCGAUACAAGUUCCACAGGCUGGUCUAGCCCAUCCGUGUUUUCCGAAGGAGAGGAUGAUGCAGAGGAAUUUAAAAAUUCUAAUAAAAGGAAUGCCGAUAAUCUACUAAGAAAGGCUGCACUCAAUGUGAAAAGCUAUGGACAAGCGAAAAAUUCAGUACAUGACGGAUAUGAUAGAAAUUUAGAUUAUUUCCAUGCAGCAGGCAGAGAUGAUGGGAAGGGUUCUCACAAGAUGCAAGAGGGACGUGAUUCAGGAGCUGGUUCAACCACAAGAGCAUCAAGGUCAUUCUUUUCUCUUUCAGCUUUUAGGGGAAGCAAGCCCUCCGAGUCCAAGUUUCAUUAAUGCCAUGGGAAAUAAUUUCUGUGCGUUGAUGUUAUAAAUUAUAUCGCCAAGUGGGGUUUGUUGGAAUGUUGUAAAUUCAUUAAAUCGUGUCGCUAUUUCAAUACAUUACCCGAAAAUUAUAAUUCAUAUUAUCCGGCCUUCCCUUGCAAAUUUUCCUAUAGCUGGAUUCUUUGUUUUAACGUUGUCCCGGACGUUCAUUUCAUGGUACGGUGCUGUCACUUCCAAAUAUUGAUCAUUGUAUUUGUAGAUAACUGGAUUGUAGUUUUCCCUCUGAAUUCAUAGCUUUUAUCCAUGACCCUUGACAGGGUAGUCA